GCCUGGUCUCUGAGGCCUCGACCCCGCCCACUCCCGCUUCCCGAGACCUGAGGAGGGCCUUCCUGCCCUUCGGGGCCCACACACCCACGGAGGCACUCCAAGCUUCUGGGCACUCUGUGAGGCGAAGGCCAGUCCGAGUCAAACCAGGACCCUUCCUGUCCUGUGAGACCCAAGGAGGACAAUGAACGAGGUGAAAGAGACCCUCCGCAGCAUCGAGCAGAAGUACAAGCUCUUCCAACAGCAACAGUUCACCUUCAUCGCAGCGCUAGAGCACUGUCGGGAGAAUGCUCAUGACAAAAUCCGGCCCAUCUCCAGCAUUGGACAGGUGCAGAGCUACAUGGAACACUAUUGCAACAACUCUACAGACCGGAGAAUUCUGUUCAUGUUCCUGGACAUCUGCUCAGAGCUCAACAAGCUCUGCCAGCACUUUGAGGCCCUGCACUCCGGCACCCCCGUCACCAACAACCUUCUCGAGAAAUGCAAAACUCUGGUUAGCCAAAGCAAUGACCUGAGCAGCCUCAGAGCAAAGUACCCGCAUGAUGUAGUGAACCAUCUCAGCUGUGAUGAAGCCAGGAACCACUACGGAGGCGUGGUCAGUCUUAUCCCUAUAGUCCUGGACUUAAUGAAAGAGUGGAUUGCUCAUUCUGAGAAGCUUCCUCGUAAAGUGCUGCAGCAUGUGAGUGAGGUCCUGGGUAGCCAGGGAGCCGCUGCAGCAACCAUUAUCAGACCUGCCCAGCAAUGGUUAGGAAAACACAAUUAUAGACAGCUUGCAAAAGAGAGCCUCAAAUCUAGGGGGAAAGACAAAGGCUCCCGGAUCCCUCCCUGGAGACCACCCGGUGGGAAAUUGUAACUCAAUGUCAACCUUGGCUUCCACGGUUCAUCCAUUCUUACUGGGGGCCAAUACAUAAUUGAGAACCUC